AUGUCCUUGAGUCCAAGAGACAGUGUGGCCGAGACCGAGCACCAUAUUGGACACCUUCUUGACAGUGCCAUCCACGUGAAAGACAGGGCAAAGGCAAAGACAAAAGAACUGCUUUCUCCUGCUCAGACUAAUGCAUCUUCUGGUGAACAAGAGGACAUUUUUUCCGAUGCAGCUUUCGACCCUGCGAGAGUGCUUCAGCACACAUCUCCAAAAGAGAAGAAGUCGACAACUGAAGCACUCCACGAUGGUUUCAAGAGCGUCAAAUAUCUGAGCACACACCCACGACGGGUGAUGCGUAGCAAAGCUACUCACAUUGCCGCCGGGAAACUUGGAAAACGCCAUCCGACUCUGACUGUCGACCAAGAUCAGGAACUUCUAGAUGCCCACGACGCUCUGGCUCGCGCAGUCUCGAGUGAGCCGUCGGAUGCUGACACCAGUGCAGUCACCUCCGAGCUGGAUGAAGCCCAUCAUCGCGUACACAAGAUUGAACAUCAAAGAGAAAGCUUGCAGACAGCCUGGAUACUUGGGCGACACGUUUCCCGUGUUAAGGUUGUUCGUCCGAUAUCUCGUCCCGAACGGUCUCAAUUUAGAAAUGGGGAAAGGUUUGAGUGGGAGAGAUAUCUCGGCUACAUGAUUCUCUAUUACACCCGCAACUUCACGACCGGUUACAUCGACGACUUUGAUUCCCCACCAUUUGAUCUUGAAGACCUCGCGCGCAUCAUUGAACGGAUUGCCAUCACAUCAGCGCCCUGGCAGUCUUUUCUUGUCGACGUCCGACAUAUCUACAUGUGGAAAUCACCCGCUCGGACAGCGAAAUGGCUGGCUGUCUAUUGUGUUCUGUGGUACACCCAACAUAUUGUGGGCUACCUCUACUUUUACAUCAUCUACUCCACCUUGCGCAACAGGUUCCGCCCGCGCUCUGUACAGGCGGUUCGAGAGAGUGUGAGCAGAGCCUUUGACCGGGAAGCGCGCGUACAAGCAUGGGGCGAACUUAUCCAGAGACAUGGACAGCAUGACUGGCUGGAACCCUUGUUGGACGAGGUUGGCCCGACUAUUCAGCUACAGCUCGGUGACCUGGCGAACUUUCUCGAGAUCCUGUUGAACUUCCACCGAUGGGAACGGCCGAACAUGACGCUGGCGACACUCUUCUUUUUCGCUUGCUGUCUUCUUAUCACGUUGUGUGCAGACAUGGCGUUCUGCGUCAAGCUCGUGUGGUUCAUAGUUGGCGGCGCAUUCUUUCUCACAUACCCCGUCGCCGCCAACUUUCCCAAAUACAGGUUGUUAUUGUCACAUUUCCGAUGGGUGUUUUGGGACAUUCCCACACACGCGGAACUGGCGGUGCUGAGACUGCAAGAAAAGGCGGCAGAGAAGGACGAGGCUGAUUUGACAGAGUUUGAAUUGAGAGAUACCGAUUCUGGCGAUGAAGGGAUAGAUGAUGAGGACGACGACGACGACCAGAGCGAGUCUCCUCCACUGCAGAGACUGGGCGAAAGAGGCUAUACAUUCCGAAUCUAUGACAACGUCAAAGGAUGCACGCGCCUGAUAGUCUGCAGGACAGGUCUCGCGCUCUAUUCCAAAGAUGGAAAAGAAGACCGAAACUGGCCGUUUCGCGCUCUCUCCGAGAUGCGCAAGCUCGACAGCAUCGACAUCCACUCAGACUCAACGCUCAAGAAUCUCAAACACCUGCACUCGCGCUCCGCCAAGGCACUGCAACUCUCUUUCCUCGACAACGACGACGCCGACACGGGUCUCACGAUCCUCUUAAACCCUGUGGAUCGAGACCGCGUCUUCAACCUGGUCCUCGCGUGGAGCGGGCUGAGGUGGCAGUGUUUGCAGAUGGAGAGACAUAACAGCGCAGCUAGCCGGAGGAGUAACCUAGACAGGGCCAUCAAGAGGGCGUUUCAUUAA